UAAAAAAGCUUAUAAAUUAACUUUCAUCAAACGUUCAAUGAAACACUGUCUCAAACAUUUGUGAGAUAACAGAGUUUUCUGAACGCAGCCAUUUAGCAGACGACAAGAAUUCCUUCAUAAUAUCUGCCGAAACUGGUAGAGCAGGUUUUGUCACAAUGUGGAGGCGAUAUAUUUAUCAGCAGUAUAACUGUUUUAGAAUCACAUUACCGGUUGGGCAGUCGCUUCAGGUAUAACAUAGAGAUAAAGUUCACUCAUAACUAUUUGGGCAGCCCGUUCCACAACGACGAGAGAAGGAUCAUAUUUACUAUUGUCUGAAAAGGUUGCAGCAAGAGAUUCUGCUCACCAUGGCUUCUGGGAUCUAUAAAUGCAUUCAAAUAGUCUUUAUCAUAUGUAAUUUUAUUGGGAUCCUUAUGGGAAUAGCAAUGGUUGCUGUUGGAGCAUACCUGUUUGUGACCAAGGGCAAUUUUCUGAACCUAAUGCCAAAGUAUGAAGAUGUCAACAUUACUGCUGUCAUGAUUGCAGCUGGUAUUAUUGUGUUUGUUGUUGCCUUCAUUGGAUUCUGUGGCGCAUGGAUGGAAAGCCAAUGCCUACUCAUUAUAUAUUUUACAAUGGUGUUUGUCAUCUUUGCUUUGGAGAUUGCAGUUGGCAUUGUUGGUCUUAUAUACAAAGAUGAUAUUGAUGAGGAAGUCAAAACCCAGCUGUUGGAUGGGCUGAAGACUUCGAAACGUUGGCCUACUUGGGAUGCCAUUCAGUCUGAAUUCAAGUGCUGUGGUGUUGAGAAGAAAGAUGACUGGUAUGCUAUUAUGAGCAAUACCGUGCCCGAUUCCUGUUGCUCCUAUGAAGACUGUGGCAAGCGUCCCGAGCUUGCUUAUGACAAGGGCUGCUAUGAAAAGGUGAAAAGUGAAUUGAAGAACAACUUCAUAGCACUGGGCAUUGCUGGGAUAGUGCUUGGUAUUUUGCAGAUUAUUAACCUUGUUAUCAGCAUGGUUCUCAUAUGUGCCAUACGCAGAAGCAGAAAUGUUGCAGUAUAAAUGUCAAAAAAGUAAUUUUCCUGUAAAUCAUUUUAUGGUUCUCACCAUCAUUACUUCAUGUUCUGUUUUAUAGUUUGAAGACAUCCUGUCUGUGUGAAUGGUUAAGUGUCAAAGAGUGAAUUAAAUUUGUACAACAAUGUACAUUCUUUUCAUUGUUGUUAAGAAAACUUACCGUAUGAAAAGUAUGGAGGAGUGUUGGAAUUGUGAUAUUUAAGCUGAUAUGGUUUAGGUUCUACCCCACAAUAUUUUUCUCUAGAAUUUGAAAAAAGCACUGAGUGCUGUUAUGCCUUUAAAUGGCAGGAUUGGGGUACACAUGCUCAGAUACUCACAUGAGUAUUGCAAAUGAUGUACUUCUUAGUUGCUAAGAAGACUGGAUGCCUAUAAGUUUUUCAGCUCCUGUUGUUGUUAUGUUGCAAAUGAAAUGUGCAGUGGAGGUCUUAUUUUCUUUUUGUAAAUCAAUUUAUUGUUAGAUUAUACAUUACAAGGUUGUGUUCCUAAAUCAAAAAAGCAGAAAGGACUAUAGCAUAUUUCAUGUUAUUAUCAAUCAUACUGUUUAUUAAUUCUGUUAUUUAACUAAAUUGCAGGUUUUGGUUAUAUCAUGUAACAUAUUGUGUGCAGCAUAUGAAUCUCUUUAACUUCAUUAGAUAACUAACUUUUGGAAACAUAGGAAAAAGGUUCUUAUGGGAUUAUUUAAAGUAGUAGAGCAGUGAUGAUUGUCAUUUUAAGUAGGGACUGCUAUACCUACAGUACAGAUGUACGUGUAUCAAAUGUUGCAUGAUUGAAGAUAUUUUGUAAAUAUUUUGAGAUAUCUCCUUGAAACAUACUUAUCAGAUGCUGAACCCAUUCAUCAUUAACAAUUUUGAGAUGCUGUAAAAUAUUCCAUUUUGACCUGUAAACAAAUUCAAAAAUGAGGGGUUUUUUUUUUAUCUGCUAGUGCUAAAAAUACUCAUUCAGCAUACUAGCACAUGACUGGCAGCACAGUUAAAAUAAGCUUAGCAGUCUUGACAGUUGUAAUAUUUUAAAGGAUUUUUGACUGCUUUGAGUUAAGAACAUUUAAAUUUUCAUGAAUGUUUGGUAUUGUUUGGGAUUUUUAAUAGUCUAUUUUUUAUUGUUGAAAAGAACAUUCUGCUUAGGAAAUUCCUGCCAGUUUUUGUUUAGACAGGGGGCCCCCCUACCUGGAAAAAACAGGUCGAACAUGGUCAACAUAUUAAAACUAUGGGCAAUACAGCUGGAUCACUAAUAUAAAUGCUAUCAAACAUAUACGAUUUAGUAGACUGUUCUUCAUUAGCCUAGUGCAGUCUAUGUACCGGCUGCUUGGAACCACCCUAAAAGCGGACUGCCGUAUAUGGAAUAUGAUACCAUGCUAAGUAUGUGUUGUGCAGGGAUUUCUAAGUUCACAGUCUCGUCUAUACUGGAUCUGCCCUCGUUACAUUUCUUUUGCUUGGUUAACAUAAAUGUUUGCCUGGAGAUGGAGAAGCGGGCAGAUCCAAGGGAAGUAACUGUUGAAAGAACUUUGGGGUUUGAAUUGUCUCCCCCUUCAUUGUCUUCAAACGAAGUCAAUAUUUUAUAUUUAUUUUCUAUUUAAUGUCUUUUCGUCAGCAUGCAAUUUGAACGAGAAAUGAUUUUUACUUUUUAAAUUCAGUGUUGUUUUUUAUUGUUCGAUAAACCAGCAGCAUAUGA